GGUGGUGGAGAUAUGGCUAAUGCCGAUUUUGACGCGGAGCUCUUUGAGAAGAAGCUCCACACUCUCAAAGACUCGCAGGAGUCAAUACAGAGUUUGUCUUCAUGGUGUUUGGAGAGACGGGAGCAUCAUAAGAAAAUUGUUGCAACUUGGUUGCAAGUAUUGAAAAAAGUGAAAGUUGAACACAGACUGACGCUCUUCUACCUCGCCAACGAUGUUAUUCAAUACUCUAAACGAAAAAAUUAUGAGUUUGUCGAGUCCUGGGGCACAACCCUCCAACGAGCAACGACAAUGGUUCGUGACGAAAAAGUUAAGCACCGAAUUCUUCGAAUAUUCAAAAUAUGGGAGCAGCGUCAAGUUUACGAUGAGGAGUUCCUCACGGACCUUUCAGGCCUCAUUUCAGCGGCUCCAAAGAAGAAACUCGAUCCUCAACCGAUCAACAUUCCGGAGGAAUUUCAGGCUAGUCUCCUGAUUUCGACCAUGCGAUCCUGUUCGACCCUAGAAACAUCUACUGAUGCACGCCUGAAAGAUCUUCGCGAUAGUAAUAUCGACAUUGACAAUGCUGAAGAGCUGUGCGCUUCCUUGAAAGACCGGCGGAGAGUCGAGGACGCCGAGAAGGAGGUGGAAACAGCAGUGAAGAAUAUCGAAAAUUACGUGCGGGCACUGGAGGCUGAAAUUCGUGAACGAACACAAGUGUUGGAGUUGCUGGAACAAGCUGAUCAGUUCUACGAGACUCAGCGUGGUGAAGUGAAGAUCGUAACAAAUGCUUAUCGGAAUUUUGGCAGUAGAGUGAAAAAUCUGAAGAAAAAAUUGGACGAACUCCUGCCAACAUUGACAUCUCCAAUUCCAUCGCCGGAUGUUAAUGCACCGUCACCGAGUCCGGAUAGUGAUAUUGAGCUCCCUGGCGAUGAUGCCAACAUGAACUCAGUGCAGGAGGUCGUACCACCGUCAAUGUAUGGGUCUUUUAGUCAGGACUAUGAACCCCUACCAGUACCAGCACCCGAUAUCUCACAGGGAAAUAGCUCCAGUGACUUCACCAGUAAUUUUUCGUCCUUCAUUGGAGGGAAUAUGGAUUUUGACAUGAGAAGUAUCUUCAACGAUAAGUCUCCUGGAGCUAGUCAGAUUUAUAACGAGGCAAUGCCCAUCGAAGUGAUUAAUAUGAGACCGUCCAAGGGGGUCACUGCGGAGAAAUUUCCUACAGGAAAUUUCUUGAAGGCUUCUGAGGCAAAUAGUGCUACCAGCUCUGGGGGAAUUCCUGGACUUGGGCUGGAUGUUCCCGAGCCGCGAACUGAGUCCCCUCAGAGGCCUGAUUAUGCACAUUUAGAAAGGCAGAUUGGAACGACGACACCUAGGAUGGUUGGAGCACAGGUGGAUAGAAUCGGAGGGAAUCAUCAGAUUAGGCAUAGUACCCCUUUGGCACAUGGAACUGUCUAUCCCAGGGAGCAAGGGGGAUUCGAAGGAACAGCGGGAGGUGUUAAUCCUCUGCCUCCUCCACCACUUCCUCCACCUAUAUUUCUCGAGGAGGAUGGGUGUUAUAAUAAAUUACCGCCUAAAUUUCCAACCUGGACGCCUGCUAAUGAGGGACCGAAGGAGGGCGCUAAGUGGGACACGGGAAAAAAUACAUGGUCCAAUGACAACGAUGAAACCGACCGCUGGGAAUCCCCGAGUGAGCCAAACUGGGCUAACGGCAUGAGAGGCAAACCCAAUCUCUCAGAAACACCGGAAUCUCCCCCGAUGUACGAAAAAUCGAGCUUCAGAGAUCCUGUUCAGUACAACGAUUCUCAGACAGAAGAGCCCAUUCUUAGUAGCGCUGCUGACGUCGACCACAGGGUCAUACCAAUUCCAUUGCCCCCCGAUGCUCAUGUCCAGCAUCGUUUGAUGAAAGGUGCUGAUGUCGAUCAUCGAAAUCUCAUUAGUCUAACUGGCAGUCCAGCUAAUAAUUCAGCUAGUUCCAAUGAACCACAAAUACAAAGCAACAAUAAUUUGUGGAGUAAUACUGAUCAAGAUUACAGGCGGCAAAAUCAACCCGGUGAUAUAGUAGAAUCGGUGGACAUGGAAAUGUCGGACGAGGAGACAGAUUCUAAGCAAAAAAAUCGAAUUCUAGUGGACGUUCGCACGCAAGAUCGUGACAUGAGGCCAGGCCCACUGCACCACGUAGACAUGGAUAUGCGAGUGAUUCCUUUACCCUCCCCGAUUUCUCGUAAUCCUCCACCAGAUCUUCGUGCCCAAAACCACCAGGUGCAUCAAGGCCCAUCCCUUCCACCACUCCCGUCCUACCGUCAAAAUCAUCCAGAUUUUUCCCCAAAUCACCUGAAUUUUCGAGGUAAUCCCAAUCUUCCUCCGAAUUUCCUUCCUCCUCAGCCAGACUUUCCCCCGGAUUUCCACUCCAAUCGACCGGAUAUAUACGAUUUUCAGGAGAAUCAACAACCAGAUUUUCACGAUGAUCGCCGAUUCCCUCCAGAUCACCUCCAGCAUCACCCCCAGCAUCACAGAGACUCCCCGAUGUUCUUACGCGGCCGAGGACGUCCAUUUCCUCGAGGUCGCCGUGAUAGGUUCUCCGAAGGCCCACCACACCGUCGCCACAGGCCUCACGAUCAACUGGAGCCUCACCAGGAUGUUCUUCCACAUGGAAGGCCAUCACUCCUUCAACCUCCUGAGACUGUAGUCAUUCUGGAUGACAAUGGAAUACCAAUAAUACCAGAUAUGGUGAAUCAAGAUGAUUGUCGUGCAGCUGAGGAUGUUGGAAUUAAUGAAAAAAAUGAACGUCUUGGUGCUGAGUUAAGCCCUCCAAAGAGUUCAGAACUUCUCGACAAUGAUUCAGGAAAUAAUACAGAGCCCGAACCUCCGGGCCGUUGUGAGGAGAUCAUGAGUGAAGAGACAUUACAGGAUGAUUUAUUAACUCGUGCUGACGAGCCUCCCAGAAAUCUCUCAGAACACUUGGAGGCUCUGAUGAACUCAGGGAAGACUGCUGGUAUCAAUGAUCUCAAGAGGCAAGCGACAAAUGGAUCACUCGAUCAGCUGGAGGACAAUCGGAUGUCACCGACUAGAAAGAGGGCUUUCAUGGCUAAUACUGGACCCCCAGAGCUGCAUCCCGUCGUCGUUUAUGACUACGAGAGUCAGCAUGGGAGCCCUAAUUUCCGGGGAAGGCUGCCUACCCCUGUCCCCCCAGCAUCAUCGAGCCCUUUUCCUCCUUGGAGAGGCAGUGGACAUCCGCAGAGGGGUCGAGGGGGUUUUAGAGGGGCGCCACGAGUGCCCUGGAUGGAUCGGGGACCUAGGGGCCCGCCAAAUAAUUUUUCACCAAGAGGUGGCAAACGGGGGAGUCCUUUCAGAGGAAAUAAUAAUGGGAAUGCUGGAUUCCGAGGAAGGGGAAGAGCUGGUAAUUGGUAGAUGUGUUUCAAUGAAGUGGUGGCUAAUAAUGAAUUCAGAACUUGUAUGGUGAAACGUCAUGGAAGAAAACAACGUUCCACGUAUUGUUGAUUAUUGCAUCAUCUCAAUAAUUAAUAUGCUCUUUAAAAAAAUCCAUAGCUCAACAUGUUUUCUAAAACAUUUUUUUUUUGGUUGAUAAAGAAAGCAAAAAAAUAUUUUAUUUUUUUUUCAAAUUCAAAUUUUAUAUAUAUUUAGAUAUUUUUCAAAAAGGCGAAGCUAGACAGCGAAAGACGAUGACAAAUUACGUUCAAUUAAAAAAAACAACAGGAGGUAAUUAAUGAUUGAAGUUUUUUUUUAUAAAUGUUAGUAGGUUAUAAUGAUCUCUUGACAUUUACAACUAGAAUCCCUAAUUUCUGAGAGACAAUGUAUAAUUGAAAAAAAAUUGAGAUGAUUCACGCUUUUCCACUGAAGUCCUAAGUUUUAUCAUCAUAAAAUACUUACAAUAAUAAAAAAAAAUUAGCAAUGAAUGGCAAGAGAUAUGAUUUUUUGUUACAAAUUUUUCGCAACGAUCGAAAUGAUUUUUUCAUGCUUUUUAUUAAAGUCCAUUAUUAUCGAGUUAAAGGCAUAAUAAGGAUUAUUUGUUAUUCGAGCCAAAUCGAUAUCUGUCGCCUGUGUAGAGUAAUAAUUAUUAAGACCACUUCGCUGAAAGUUUCAUGCAAAAUUAUGGAUGACUGGUGUGUGUGUGUGUGUGUGUAAGAGAGAAAGAGAGAGAGAGAGAGCAGUGCUCUUCAUCGUAGAUUAAGGCUUGUAAAUAAUUAUAAUUACAUGAAUGAUUCGAGUUACAGGAAUUUUGUCACUUUACAGUUUAAACUAAUUGUAAGAUAUUUCCACAAUUCUUCAGUUUCAUGCGUACAAAAUUAUCUAAGGGCUAAUUGUCCUCUGGUGAUAAAUUUUUUAAAAACAUUUCUGUGAGUAUUUUCGAAAAGUCACUUUUAUUGAAAAUAUAUUGAAAUUAAGGAAAUAUUUGAGGAAUGCAGUGAAAUAUUCUCGCCAACUUCGAACAAGUUCGUUUUACAUUUUCUCUCAAAACUAGUAAUUUCAAAGAUCAUAACCGACUUACACCCAUUUUAUUCUUUGACUCCAGAAAUGUUUGAAAAUUGAUUGAGAAUCUCGCAUUUGUUAAGUAUAUUCAGUUCACCAUCGCAUUCUGGAAAUCUUAAAUAUUCACAGAAAUAUCAGAACAAAGGAACAGGAUUAUUGAAAAUUAAACAAAAACACAGUAAAACUAUCAAUUUGACCUACAUAUGUGAUUGUAUAUAAUGCGAGGUGUCCAACACAAUAAGGAAGAUACAGAGGAAAUUUUAUUAGGAAUCAUUACUUCAUUAAAAUUCAUCCCUUUGUUCCCUGUAGGCGAGGCUGAUAUUUCAUACGGGGGAAACCUGUAAUAUAUGACCUUGAAAAAAAAGCGUAAUAGGCAACAUCACUCGGAAAUAUUAUUCUGAAUGACACGAUUAUUUUUUGUCCGUUACAAGAAACGUUAAUCAGGAGAGAAAGGGGGGAAGGGUGCAAAAUGAGAAAUAAAUGAAGAAAAGCAACUGAGCUGGAAAUUUCAUUUUUCCUCCUUCAGGAAUGAGUUGUACACCAUGAACAUUGUUAACAUGCAAAUGGCAAAAUUACUUUCAACUUUUUUUGUUGAGUUCUGUUCGCUUCAUUUCCAUUCGCAUUUGCAUUUCCUUAUCGUUUUUUAAACUUAUUAAAGUUAUUUUUUUCAUUCUUUAGUUCGCAGAAUGAUUUGUGGAAAGAGGCAUGUCCAAUUGAAAAAAAGAUUGUGUUAAUAAAAUGUAAAAAUAUCUCCUCUCCCACUGCGUGCACUUCCCCUUAUUUCGAUGAAGAAAUAUGAAUAAAAUAUUUUUUUUCUUUGAGUGACGAGGAGGGUAGGUUUGUUAAAAAGCGAUAAUGCACCAAUUCGAUUUAUAAAAAUUAUUUUGUUCAAAAGACAUUUCAGGAAGGUGAUGGAAAGUGUUUAAAAGUAUAAAGCCUCUUGUUAUCGAAAAGUUUAUGAUGUUCAAUGGAAAGUUUCAACAAGCGAUAUUGGUCGUAUAGUUCGUUGCACACAUGAUCUUUCAACUUUCCACACUUUCUAUAUUUUUCAUUGAGAAAAAAAGCAUAGAUGCAUCAUUUCUGUAUUUAAAAAUUUUCAAUAGAAAAAAAACAGCUAAUUCAAGGUAACAUUAUUCGAAAUACCUCAGUGAAAGUUGUGUCAACCCAAAUUAUUCAAAUUAUUAUCGUUUUUUGAUCCUGAAAAUCAACCAAACCCCUCCCUCUCUCUGUUGUUCUAGUAAAAUCCAAAACAUUCUGAAUUACAGUAAUCUCAUGGCAAUGCUCUCCCCCCGGGAGUCUGUCAAUAAAGACGUGCUUCCCCCCUUUUGCCCUCGUUGAAGUGUUUACUAGUGCGUAAUUGAUAUAUAUUAGUAUCGAGUCCCAAGGAUGCGAUUUUAACUGGCUGUGAUAACGUAAAAUUUUUAAUGAAGGAAAAAAAUACAACUUGGGAGUUUUAUCGACAUUUCGCCCAUAUUUUCCUCUCAGUAGGAAAUGCAUCUCCGUAAAAUUUCCCUAGAAAGGGCAAUUAAAAAUCAAGGCUUAGAAGGAAACUUUUUAAUUCGUCACUCUAAUGACUAAGAAAAGUAAAAUUGAGUUGGGUGUUUUUUUUAGUUGUUGGCGGAAUUCACGAGGAUCGGCCGGAAUAUCCCGGUGCGACGAGGGGGGGGGGCUUGUGCAGCUUGUGCGGCUGUCAAAUCAAGAUAACAUCGUCGGCAUUAUCGAAUCCUCAACUAACGAGGCUUCUGUACAACGGUGAAUACAAAGUCAUAAAUUAACUCAGUCAAUUUGGCUGUUAACAAUAGCUUCAUAUUAAUUUCGUGUGUUGUUCUAGUCAAAAUACCAACCCUUGCCUGCCCCUCGUGAAUGCCCGAAAGGUAUCCCCCAACGUUUUAGUUAGAGUUGAAUAAGAAAUUCUUCUAACGUAUCAAUUCGUUUCGAUAAGAAGUAGUUGCAGCGAAAGAUAUCAGGCAAUUCAAAAGUUAUUUUACAUUUAUUAGUAUGUUCACUAGGUUCCACAAGACGUUUGUCGUAGCAGAUAAAUAGCAUGUGAUUUUCAAUCUAAUGUGUUUCACGGGAUUAUUACGGUCCUUUUUUUCAGCAAACUUUUUAUUUGUAAAAAAAUUUUUCAAUAUUUGUACAUCAUUUUUAAAAAUUUCCAUUGAGUUAAUUAGAAUUAAGAUUUCCUAAUCAACUCAAUAAAUUUUUAGAAAUGAAAAUUUAUUUGAAUAGCAAAUUGUGAGCUUCGAAAAACGAGCUCCCAAAAAUUCAUGAAAAAACAUUAUUUAUCGAGAAUUUUGUAAAACAUAAGAAAUCUGUUUUGAAAAAACUUUCUCGUAAAACCACUUCUUACCGAGACAAAUGACAAAAUAAUAAGUUACGAUGCCCUGAGUCGCCUCGCGCACGCGCGUCUCAUAUCUUUUUUCGCAUUUUUUCAUCUUCAGGACAUCGUUUGAAGUCCGAUGAAAGUGUGACGAUUAGUGCACAAAUUAGACUAAUCUUAAUAGAGAAUGUGGAAUGCACUGCAUACUAUGUAUGCCAGAUCAUGAAAAUGUUUUUUGUACAUUUGAUUAAUAAAAUUGUAUCUUGAGGA